CGACAAGCACGCUCUCUGCGGCGCCCUGCGACCCUCUUAACUAAAAGCCGUUUUGUCUCACAUCCGGCUCUGAUCUGAUUCUUUCUGUCUCCCUGUCUUUGUCGCUCGUUUAUAUCGCUCUCAGCCACUAUGGGAGUCCAAUUUGGCUCCUUCGACAGUAUAUGCCAGACCGCUGCACUCGUCAUCUGUCCUCUCGUGGGCCCUGACAGAGGCAUAGAACCCUCGUGCUACAGCAGGAAUGUGGAAAUUGCUGGGACCCUCAUCUUCCAACCCUCAACAUGCUUCGUUCACAUUGUCGCUAUCAUCAUGACCGCUAUCAUGAUUUUCCAUAUACGAAGCAAGUAUACGGCAGUCGGACGGAAGGAGAUCAUCAUGUUCUUCUACCUCUACGCCAUCAUUGAACUCCUCGCCAUCUUCCUGGACUCUAACGUAAUUCCUACUGCAAAUGUUAGCUAUCCUUGGUUUGCAGCCGUGUAUACAGGGCUCGUGGCGGCAGCCUACGCUUGUCUGCUUAUCAACGGCUUUGUCGGAUUCCAGUUCGCGGAAGAUGGGACGCCAUUAUCGCUCUGGUUCCUCCGUAUAUCCUGUCUCGUUGUUUUCGGUGUCAGCUUCUUCGUUGCGAUCGCAACUUUCAAAGAGUUCGCCGGCUUCAAGUAUGCCACGCCAAUCGGCCUUUGGAUCAUCUACAUCCUGUGGCCACUCAUCUGCGCGGUCAUCUACAUCGUCUCGCAGCUCAUUAUUGUCUUCCGUACCCUCGAGGACCGCUGGCCGAUCGGCGACAUCGUCUUCGGUACUGCCUUCUUCACCAUCGCACAGGUCAUCAUGUUCGCCUUUAGCGUGACCAUAUGCGACGCUAUCAAGCACUACAUUGAUGGCUUGUUCUUCUUCACGCUCUGCAUGCUCUUGAGUGUCAUGAUGGUCUACAAGUACUGGGACAGUAUCACGCGCGAAGAUCUUGAGUUCUCCGUCGGGUCGAAGGCCACUGUAUGGGAAGUUAAGGACCCUCUUCUCGCUGGCGCAGAGGAGCAAUACGAAGACACUGCCAGCGGGUAUCAUGGCCCAGGCAGCCUUGUCGGCGGCGUCAGCGGUGGACAGCUGUACCAAGCUGCCGGCGGACGUGGAUACCCACCUUCUGAGAGAUAUUGAUCAAUUAGUGCCAUGGACACUUAGAACUAUCCUCGUAGUAUCAUAUAUUUUCUAGCUGUGAUUCGCUACGGUUAAUGCACGUUCAGCCUUUGUAUAGCCGGAACACUCCCUUCAAUACGCUGUAUAUCAGACAUUUUCUAUUGCUUUCAUAACUUCUGUUGUUUCCAAGCGCGAAGUUAAAUGCUAAACUUGUGCCAACG